AAAAAAAAAAGAAAAUCUAUAAAUAGAUGUUGAGGCCAAAGCUGAGCAAUCUGCAGGCAGGCAGGCCGGCCAGGUGGUAGGAACAUAGGAGACAGGCGGAAAUGUGCACCUGAGGCUGACGUUAUAUGUUAAACUUUUUAAAAAAUAGGAAAAAAGAUAAGAAAGCUAGAAUGGUAUAAACCAUCAAUGAAACAGACCAAGAAAAUAUCCCAUAAGUGAAAUAUUUACUUAUAACCUGAAAGACCCACCAUAUCCUAAAUACCAAGGAUGAAAAUAAACCCACUAUUUCAGAACACUUGAGACAAAGAAAAAGUCUAAGUGACAGAGGGCUCAGAGGAAUCUAGGCAUUCAAGGUCCCCUGUUGCAUCUGCCCAGAUGUCCCUACUUGACAUGUCAGGAUCCUACCCUAACCUACUCAAGGUUAGGGUCCUAAAAGCCCAAAGCCCGGCCGGGGAAACUGGCUGAGAAUCCAGCGCUCUGAACAAUUAGCAGGGGAGCCGACCCUCCGCUCUGGCGCCCCCGGGCACAGGUGAGGCUUUCCCGAAAUGCUGUCCUGGGGCCACCUGCUUUCACAGUCUGCCUGGGCAAGGCCACGGUCCCGUGGCCUUACAGCCUCUCAAGUGCACAUCCUCUGACCCAGUCACGCCUUCCGGCUGCCCGCUGCUGACCGUCCUGACAAGCUCCAGACCGCCCACACCCCCCCCACCCAUAGCGACGGGGCUCCUGCCAGCCAGGCUGCGAACGAGCACUGCGCUCACUCUCGAGUUUGUGGAGUCACACUCCCGACACCAAGUCUUGAAUCGGGUUCUUUGGAGAAAGGCGGAGAGGAGAGGCCCCGCGCACGAGGCCGCCUGCGGGGAGGAAGGCAGAGCAUGAGCCACAGAAGAGCAGGCAAGGUGUUCUGCCCACCACGGCUUCCCAGGACCUAGAAUUUGACUCCUACUUGAAUGGACCUAACCGGAGACUUGCAGUAAGAAACAUCCACAUGCUUGUGGGGAAAGCUUCAUAUUCCACGUGAAGAGCAUUGUGCAACAGCAGAUGGAGAGUCAGAAGAUCUGGAUUCGAAUUCAGACUUAUCCCUAAAGUAGCUGUGUGGCCUUGCAGGCAGUGGCUGUGGCUGUGUGGCAGGAGCCAGAGACAAGGUGUCCCCAUCAUGUCGCACAACCAGCCCCUGGCCAACGUCAAGGGCUGGCUCCGGCUCCGUAGCCUGCUGGCCCGGCAGUGCCUGGCAGAGUUCCUGGGCGUGUUUGUGCUCAUGCUCCUCACGCAGGGCGCUGUGGCCCAGGCCGUCACCAGUGGAGAAACCAAAGGCAACUUCUUCACCAUGUUUCUGGCUGGCUCUCUGGCCGUGACCAUGGCCAUCUACGUGGGUGGUAACGUUUCAGGGGCACACCUGAACCCGGCCUUCUCCCUGGCCAUGUGCCUCCUGGGGCGCCUCCCCUGGGCCAAGCUCCCCGUUUACUGCGCGGUGCAGCUUCUCUCUGCCUUCUGCGCCUCCGGAGCCACCUACGCUCUCUACUACGAUGCCCUACAGAACUACACCGGCGGGAACCUGACGGUGACUGGCCCCAAGGAGACAGCCUCCAUCUUUGCCACCUACCCCGCCCCUUACCUGUCCCUGAACAAUGGCUUCCUGGAUCAGGUUCUGGGCACGGGGAUCCUGAUUGUGGGGAUCUUGGCCAUCCUGGACACGAGGAACAAGGGAGUGCCUGCGGGUCUGGAGCCUGUGGUUGUAGGGCUGCUGGUCCUGGUCAUCGGGCUCUCCCUGGGUGCCAACUGUGGGUUCCCACUCAACCCUGCCCGGGACCUGGGCCCACGACUUUUCACCUACGUGGCCGGCUGGGGCCCUGAAGUCUUCAGUGCUGGUAACGGAUGGUGGUGGGUGCCUGUGGUGGCCCCUCUGGUGGGGGCGACCCUCGGCACAGCCACCUACCAGCUGCUGGUGGCUCUCCACCACCCGGAGGAGGAGUCGAAGCGGGCUCAGGAUCUGGAGUUGGUCCAGCAUAAAGCCUCAGGUCUGGAAGGUCCUGCCUCCGCUCAGUUGCCCCAGAGUUGGCUCUGAGUACGACGCGAGGCCCUCGCUUCCCCUGUGGACACUGAGCCGGAGCCGGAGAUCCGGGGCUGGGAGCCAGAGGCCCUGCUUCCUCCCAAACUGGGGAGGCGACCCAGGGGCCAGGCCCGUGUUGCCCUCUGCACCCCUGCUCGUCUUCGGAUCCGGAGGGCCUCGGCGGACGCAGUGUCUCAAAGCGGCCGCCAGAGGGCGCGCCCCCGGAGGCCGCGCGGAGGGCGGCGGCGAGGGGCGCUUCCCGCGCUGCUCG